AUGGUGGAUAAUAAGAAAUAUUCUGUUCCUCUUUACACGACAUCCAACGGAUGCCCAGUUAGAAACCCCAAUGCCAUGCUAAAGAUUGGAAAAUUUGGCCCCAACUUACUUGAGGAUCAUCAUUUCAUUGAUCUUAUUGCACAUUUUGACCGUGAGAGGAUUCCUGAACGUGUUGCUCAUGCUAAAGGUUCUGGUGCGUACGGUUACCUCGAAGUCACUGACGACAUUUCUGACUUAGUCAGUGCCGAUUUCCUCAAUGGAGUUGGUAAGAAGACGCCACUUUUCAACCGUUUUUCUACUGUGGGUCCUGAAAAGGGUAGUUCUGACACAGUUCGUGACCCUCGUGGUUUUGCAACAAAGUUUUACACCGAAGAGGGUGUAAUUGAUUGGGUCAAUAUCAACAGUCCAAUUUUCUUUAUUAGAAACGGUGUCCAGUUCCCUUUCUUAGUACACACUCAAAAGAGUAGAGAUCCUAAAACUAAUCUCAAAGAUGUUAAUAUGUACUGGGAUUUCUUACUCAAUAACCCAGAGUCAGUCCACAAUACUAUGUUUGUUUUUUCUGAUCGUGGUAUUCCUCGCUCAUAUAGACAUAUGCACGGUUUCUCUGCCCACACUUACAAGUGGACUAAUGCGAAGGGUGAAUGGCAUUACGUUCAGAUCCACCUUCUCACAGACCAAGGCAUUGAAAACUUCACAAAUGAAGAAGGUCACAAAAUGGCUGCCGAUAAUCCGGAUCAUGAUGGUCAAGAUUUAUAUGAAGCUAUCGAAAGAGGUGAAUAUCCGUCCUGGACAGUGUACGUUCAAACUAUGACUCCUGAGCAAGCUGAAAAAGCUUCAUUCAGUGUUUUCGAUUUGACAAAGACCUGGCCCCAUUCUGAAUACCCUCUCAGAAGAUUCGGUAAAUUUGUUCUUAACAGAAACCCAGAAAAUUACUUCGCUGAAGUUGAACAAGCAGCUUUCAGUCCUGCUAAUACUGUUCCUGGUAUUGAGCCUUCCGCUGAUCCUGUUUUACAGGCUAGGUUAUUUUCUUACGCCGAUACACAACGCCAUCGUUUGGGACCCAAUUUCAUGCAAAUUCCAGUCAACUGUCCACUCCAAGCUCACAAUCCAUUCCAAAGAGAUGGUCCAGGUACUGUUAAUGGAAAUUACGGUUCUGCACCGAACUACCCUAGUUCAUUUGAACCUCUUUCGUACAGUACAACUGCUAAUCUUAGUGACGCGAAUCACGAGAAGUGGGUUGGCCAAGCCACCAACUUCCAAUGGUCUGCUACUGAGGAGGACUACGUUCAACCUUUGGAAUUGUGGAAGGUAUUUAAAAAGACAGGUCAAGCCGAUGCCUUUAUUCAUAAUGUUUCUCUUAACUUGAAAGGAGCUAACCCUGAAAUUCAACAACGUGCUAUCGCCAUGUUCUCAAGAGUUUCUCCUGAAAUUGGAACUCUUAUUCAAGGUAAUCUUACAGGUUAG